GGCAUGAGAAGAAGAAACAAAAACAGUUUGGCGAAGCUGAGUUCUGUAUUAAAAAAGGAAGAGCUGUUAGCUAAAUAAUUAUUUCCCACCGGCAACACGAUGCCACAACGUGUUCGUUUUGUUGCGUGUAAGAUAGGGUGGAGAAGAAACUAGCUAGCUUGCUAGCCCCAUCGUCUGACAGCCAACGCUAACAGCCUGUCGCUAACUAGUUACUUUGAAUAAGACUAAACAAUCAUGACUCAGAAAGUCAAUCUGUGUUCAGUUUCCCUCGGAGUGGAGGGUAUGACUUGUGGCUCCUGCGUCCAGUCCAUAGAGCAGCGCAUUGGGUCUCUCCCUGGAGUGAUACAUAUAAAGGUGUCUUUAGAGCAGAAGAAUGCCACUGUAAUAUAUGACCACAGCCAACAAAGCCCAGAGUCUCUGUCAGAGGCCAUCGAGGAUAUGGGCUUUGAAUCAAGUCUAUCGGAGUCCAGCACAGCCACACAUGUUUCUACAGAUACCCAGCUAAUCCCCACCUCAGGUCUGACACCUGCACUACAACAGGAAGCCUUGGAGAAGUUAUCCCAGAUUCAAGGCGUGCUGGAUGUCAGAGAGAGCCUGGCCCAGAUGGGUCUCACUGUCGCCUUUGUUCCUUCCCUGACUUCGUCACAGCAGCUGAGUGAGGUGGUGGCCACCUUAACACCUCUGGAGAUCCCCACACCCAGGAGCCCUGUCCAAAAAGGCCAAAUCUCGUCCCCAUCUCACACCACAGGAGGCAGAGUGUCGCUCCUGAAGUUGCGCAUUGAAGGAAUGACCUGUCACUCCUGCAGCACCACUAUUGAAGGGAAGAUUGGAAAACUGAAAGGGAUUGAAAAGAUCAAAGUUGUUUUAGAGACUCAGGAAGCUACAGUUGUGUACCUGCCUUACCUCAUUACCGUCCAAACCAUCAUCGACCAGAUUGCUGUGGCUGGCUUUAAGGCGAUUGUCAAGUCAAAGCCUCAACCUCUGCAGCUGUCCCCCAGUGAAAUGGAACGUUUUGUUGAUUCUCAAAAACCAACCAUUUCUUCGCCAUCAGAGACAUCAGAGGAGACAGAAAUCUUCAUAGACACAACGCUUGUCAUGCUCAGGGUAAAAGGCAUGCACUGCCGUUCAUGUGUGGUCAAUAUCCAAGACAAUAUCUCAAAGUUGCCUGGUGUCUCCUCUGUGGAGGUCUCUCUGGAGAAGGAGAAAGCCACAAUCUGCCAUGAUCCUCUAAAGGUCACAGUGACCCAGUUGCAGCAGGCAAUUGAGGCACUGCCUCCAGGAAACUUCAAGACUCAACCCUGGGACUCCUCUGGCCCUCUGAGUACUGUUUCCACAUCACCCACGCCUGCCUUGUCAUCGCCACGGCCUGCAGGAGCAACUCAGGCCAAACCUGCUGCCUCACAGCCUUGUUUUACCCAGCCUCUGGCAUCUGUAGUUAAUAUUCACAUCGAGGGCAUGACAUGCAACUCCUGUGUCCAGUCCAUUGAGGGCAUGAUCUCCCAAAGAAAGGGGGUGAUGUCAGCCCAGGUUUCUCUGGCUGACCACCAGGGGAUCUUUGAGUAUGAUCCCCUCCUGACCACACCAGAGGAGCUGAGGGAGGCCAUAGAGGACAUGGGUUUUGAUGCCUUCCUACCUGAAACAAAUUCUCUGCUGCCUGAACCAGAUCGCAAUAUCUCAAAGUCUUCAAGUCUAGUACCUGUGAAAGAUAAGGAGCUGGACAGUGACCUACACCAAGAAACCCCCCAGGGACGCAACGGAGACACGCACUCUAAAUGCUACAUUCAGAUUGGAGGGAUGACCUGCGCUUCCUGUGUGGCAAACAUUGAGCGAAACCUCAAGAAUGAAACUGGCAUCUACUCUGUUCUGGUAGCACUAAUGGCUAGUAAAGCAGAGGUGCGUUACAACCCUGAACUUGUCGACCCUGUGAAGAUAGCUGAGUAUGUGAAAGAGCUGGGCUUCACCGCCUCUGUAAUGGAGAACUAUGAAGGUUCAGAUGGGAACCUAGAACUAGUGGUCAGGGGAAUGACAUGUGCUUCUUGUGUUCACAAAAUUGAAUCUAGCCUCAUGAGAGAAAAGGGGAUUAUAUAUGCCUCUGUUGCCUUGGCAACCAACAAAGCACACAUUAAGUACGACUCGGAAAUUAUAGGGCCGCGAGACAUCAUCAAGCUGAUUGAGAACCUGGGAUUUGAAGCAUCUUUGGUAAAGAGAGACCGCACUGCCAGUCACCUGGAUCACAGCAAAGAGAUUCGACAGUGGAGGAAGUCUUUCCUGGUGAGCUUGAUUUUCUGCGUGCCUGUGAUGGGCAUGAUGACCUACAUGAUUAUCAUGGACCACCAAAUGAAUGUUUCACAUCAGCACAAUGCCACAGUGGAGGACCGCAACCUCUACCACUCCACCAUGUUUCUGGAGAGGCAGCUGCUCCCAGGCCUCUCCAUCAUGAAUUUCCUCUCCUUUCUCUUUUGUUUGCCUGUACAGUUUAUUGGUGGUCGUCACUUCUACAUACAAGCCUACAAAGCAGUCAAACACCGAUCUGCCAACAUGGAUGUGCUUAUAGUUCUGGCUACAUCAAUAGCCUUCACCUACUCACUGAUCGUCCUAAUUGUGGCCAUGGUGGAGAAGGCAAAAGUCAACCCCAUCACCUUCUUUGACACACCGCCCAUGCUUUUUGUCUUCAUCUCCCUGGGACGCUGGCUCGAACAGAUAGCCAAGAGUAAAACAUCUGAGGCUUUGUCCAAGCUGAUGUCUCUUCAAGCAACUGAGGCCACAGUGGUCACUCUCAGCAGCGACAAGUCUGUUCUCAGUGAGGAGCAGGUGGAUGUUGAGCUGGUGCAGAGGGGCGAUGUGGUGAAAGUCGUACCUGGAGGAAAGUUUCCAGUAGAUGGGAGAGUCAUCGAGGGACACUCCAUGGCCGAUGAGUCUCUCAUCACUGGUGAGGCCAUGCCAGUGACUAAGAAGCCUGGGAGCUCUGUGAUUGCAGGCUCCAUUAACCAGAAUGGCUCUCUGCUCGUCAGUGCUACACAUGUUGGCAUGGACACCACACUGUCUCAGAUUGUCAAAUUAGUGGAGGAGGCUCAGACUUCAAAGGCCCCCAUCCAGCAGUAUGCAGAUAAGAUCAGUGGCUACUUUGUACCCUUCAUUGUUGGAAUAUCUGUCCUUACGCUGAUCGCCUGGAUCAUCAUUGGUUUUUUAGACUUCUCUCUGGUGGAGAAGUACUUUCCUGGUUAUGACAAGAGCAUUUCUAGGGCUGAGGCAGUGAUUCGCUUCGCCUUCCAGGCCUCCAUAACAGUAUUAUGCAUCGCCUGUCCCUGUUCCCUUGGCUUGGCGACCCCGACAGCUGUCAUGGUGGGCACAGGGGUUGGAGCCCAAAACGGCAUCCUGAUAAAGGGAGGGGAGCCACUCGAGAUGGCGCAUAAGGUCCAGUCCGUGGUGUUUGAUAAGACUGGUACAAUCACUUAUGGCGCUCCGAAGGUAAUCCAAGUCAAGAUAGUUGUGGAGGGGAACAAGAUGCCUCGUUCCCGACUGCUGGCCAUUGUUGGUACAGCUGAGAACAACAGUGAACACCCUUUGGGAGCAGCUAUAACCAAAUACUGCAAACAGGAGCUUGGCACAGAGUCUCUUGGUGCAUGCACAGACUUUCAGGCAGUGCCGGGCUGUGGCAUCCGAUGUCAGGUCAGCAACACAGAGAUGCUGCUGAAACAGGCAGACAGCGACAGCGAGGACAACAACCAGCGCAACAGUGUCCUCGUCCAGAUCAGUGACACCCGGACAUCCGCCAGUUCCCAUCCACUCAUCAUGGACCCACAGCCACUAAGCCUCAUCCAGACGGCCACCUACGUUGUCCUAAUUGGCAAUAGAGAGUGGAUGAGGAGGAAUUGCCUCCAGAUCAGACCAGAUAUAGAUGAGGCCAUGACGGACCAUGAGCGCAGAGGUCGCACUGCUGUCCUGGUAGCUGUAGACAAUCUGCUGUGUGCGAUGAUAGCCAUCGCAGACACAGUGAAACCAGAGGCUGAGCUGGCAGUCCACACACUGACCAACAUGGGUCUGGAAGUUGUGCUGAUGACUGGAGACAACAGCAAGACAGCACGGGCUAUUGCUGCCCAGGUGGGUAUCAGGAAGGUGUUUGCAGAGGUCCUGCCCUCUCACAAGGUGGCCAAGGUGGAACAGUUGCAGCAGUCAGGAAAGAAAGUAGCCAUGGUGGGUGAUGGUGUCAACGACUCACCCGCCCUGGCCAUGGCUGACGUUGGCAUUGCCAUAGGAACCGGGACAGAUGUGGCCAUAGAGGCAGCAGACGUGGUGCUGAUCAGGAAUGACCUCCUGGAUGUGGUGGGCAGCAUUGACCUCUCUAAAAAGACAGUCAAGAGGAUCAGGAUCAACUUUGUAUUUGCUCUCAUCUACAACCUGGUUGGCAUUCCUAUCGCUGCUGGUGUCUUCCUUCCUCUUGGUCUGGUGUUACAGCCGUGGAUGGGCUCUGCCGCGAUGGCGCUGUCAUCUGUCUCUGUGGUGUUGUCGUCCCUUCUACUCAAAUGUUACACUAAGCCCAGUGCUGAGAAGUUGGAGGCCAGACUGGGUAACGGCAGACGGCAGGGCAGCCUUUCUGAAGUCAGCGUCCACAUCGGCAUGGGCGAGAUGCGUCGUCCCUCCCCCAAACUCAGCCUGCUGGAUCGCAUUGUCAACUACAGCCGUGCCUCCAUCAACUCCCUGCGCUCUGAUAAGCACUCCCUCAACAGCUUGGUGCUCAGUGAGCCUGACAAACACUCACUGCUGGUGGGGGAGGCCCUGUGUGAGGAGGAGUUUUGCUGAAUAUGUAAGGCUCAUGUGGGCCAAGAGCUACUUUUCUAUAGGACAAAGACAGUAACUACAUGCAUUGAAGGCUGGGCCAUGCUAAGCUGAAAGACUAAGCCUUUCAGUAACGGCCCAUCUAUCUGCUGUAGGUGCCUCAGGGCAGCACUGUUGACUUGAAGAAAGCUUCCAUGCCCCUUGUUUUCUUUUAGCUCAACCAGCUGAUCACAUGCAUUUCAGACCACACUGGGGUGAUUUCCUCUCUCAGUUGCAGACUGAAAGGGGUCACCUCCGUGUGAGGUCACCGCCCUCGGGCACACUCUUUGACCAACCCGUUGAUCCUCUGACACUCGCUGUGAGCAGGGACAUGAAGCAUCUUCAUAGCCUUGAAGCAGGCGCCCACAUCCAAGAAGCAGAGUGACGAUCUGAGCUCUGCCACCGUGGUCACUUGCCAGUACAAUCUUUAACAUCUAUCCAAAGACAUUUUAACAGUGUUGCCCCUUGUAAGAGCGGACACAGCAGAGUUAUAUUUUCAUUCAUUUUCCUACAUGGAAAAAUAUAAUAACACUGUUGUAUAAUUAUAUCCCAGAGUAUUUAUAUUACCUUUAUUUAUCUUUUUUCAUUAUAUCUAAUGUGAAAAAUGAAGUUCUUGAAUCCAAAUGCCUGUUUUCAUUCAUCUCCCAAAAUGUGUAAUUACUGAGGAAGGCAUAAAAACUCAAUCAAAGACAUCUUUUAACUUGCUGUAAGCAGAUUUUUGUGCAAAACACUUACAGACUGAGUUAUUAUUUUAUUUCAAUAGUAAUUGUUGGUGUUACGUGAGUGCCAAUUGAAAUGCAACCUUGUCAAAGUCCAACACAUUCCAAAGACAGCACUGUACAAAAGAUACCUUGGACUUCAUGUGUACCAAGUGUGAGCAGAGAUAAGGAUAAUGACUCAAAGCAGAGACUUCAAGAACGUUGACUUUGAACGGUGACGACUAUAAAAAACUCUUCUAAUAGAUUUCGCUACUUUUAUCGACCCUCCACCUCUGGUUGAUGAUGGGUUUCUGUCAAUGAAUGUGAACGUUACUCGCUGUUAAAUAUCAUAAGAAGCUGUUACGUGGGUGACGGUGUUUGUCAUCCAGACAAGGUGUAUUGUGCUGUGAUGCUGUUUGUUGUGAAAAGGGCAAAUUCUGAAGGUAUUUGUGUUCUGUCUGUCAUCACACGAGGCAAGAUGCUGUUACUGUUUUUCAAAAUUUCUCUCAGCGAUGCAACUCUUUGUUCAUUUCUCUCCUUCUUCACAUGAUUCACUGUCGCACUUGGUCAAAGAAACAUCUUUAAACCCAGGCGAGCAGGAAACAGCAGGAUCAGCAGACUGAACACAGCUAUGUCCCAGACAGUUACAAUCUAUGCUUUAUUUUUUAAAGACUUCUUGCCAUUACUACCUGCUGUGUCAGAGCAGGAGAUAAUCACUACAGUCCAGCUUUUCCUGAGCGUUUUCUGCGUCUGAAGCUCUCUGGUAUUUCUUUACGAUGAUGAAAAUAGACGUCACUUUGUGCUGCCACUUUCCCAUGAUGCAUUAUGUUCUGUAGCUGUCACAGCUUGCUGAGUGCAAUUAUCUGUUGUUCUUGUGCAUUGCUUUGUAAAGACGCUGAUGGGACUUCAGAUCUGUGUGCAGUCAAAUGAAGCACGUCCGCGUUCGCAGUCUUUCGUAGUUCUUCUAAACAUGUGCCUUGAAAUAAAACGCCUUUGUAACGCCACAGCACUCUGUCCGAUUUAAACCAGAAGAUGGUGCUGUGGGGCUGUCAGCUGCACCAAAACACCAGACACAAGAUUUCAUCAACUUUAUUUCCUCCAGUUAGUCUAAACAUCACAUCACCCCAGUGUACUGCAAAACAAUCAAAUAGCAUGUUUGUCAUAAUAUUCGUUUUGAAAUAAAAAACAAAAAACAAUUAAUGCAAACU